UGCGCGCUUUUUGAGUAAAUGUCAAAUUGAUGGAGCCAGAGAAAAAAACAUUGUUUACGUCGCCGUCUUGAAAUAUAAGAAAAAAGAGACACUGUUCAAGCCUUUCUAGAUAGAUGUUCAGCAAAAGUGCUUAUGAAGUGUGGAAAGAGGAGAAAGAGGCUGGCGUUAUUAUCACACUAUGCAGAGAAAUGGAUGAUGCAAUUGGUGGUGGCAUUCGCAUCCGGUUGAUCACUGAAUUCGUCGGUGGACCGGGAACGGGAAAAACUCAGUUUUGCUUACAGCUAUGUGUUAAUGUCCAAAUACCGAAAUGUUUGCAAGGAUUAGAAGCGGCCGCUGUUUAUAUCGAUACGAACCGUGGAUUUUCUAUUAAUAGAAUCAAAGAAAUUGCUUCGGCCACACAAGCACACUGUGAUCGUGUUUAUCGAAUGGAAAAAUCUGCAGCUGAGCCAAAUUCAUUCACCGUUGAUUCGAUUCUCGCCAAUAUCCACUGUACUUUUUGCAAUAAUUACAUUCAGCUUUUGGCAACAAUUUAUAGAUUAGACGCUUUUCUCGCGAAUAAUCCCAAGGUUCAAUUAAUCGUAAUCGACUCGUUUUCAUAUCUAUUUCGGUCAAUUGAUGAAAAUGUCAACCUAGUACAAACAACCUAUGAAGCCUUAUCUGAAUUGCAAAAACUUGCCGAUAAAUAUCGAUGCGCGGUGGUGAUAACGAAUGAGCUCACGACCCGAGUUAUACCCGACGGACCAUCAUGCAUCGUUCCAGCUUUAGGCGAAAGCCAUUCGCAUCGUGUUAAUGUUCAACUCACUUUUGGGCGCGAUGAAGACGAUCGCCGGCUGUUCGUAGCGAACAUCGAUAAGUGUUUCACGAAAUGCGAGCAGAAGGUGGCAUUUCAAAUUACCAAGGAUGGGCUGCGACCAUAUAAACUAAAAUCAAAAUUGCCGGAUUAAGCUGAAUCCCGCCCAUAAAACUUACCCAUUACAAUCUCAACCGUGCCAUUAUAUCUCAUAAGCAAUUUGCGUGCAAAACCUAUUUCCAUAAAAUAGUAAAACCAUAAAGAAAACCAACCAAUCGCAUUUUAGUCAGAAUUUCAGACAGUUUAUUUUUCAAUUCAGAACAAUCACAAUUAAUGCAGUAAAAUUCAUAAGAUCUCUAGUAAUAAUUUUUAUCAGAAACAACAUCAAUAAAAUGAAACAGAUUCGUUCUUCUCAAAGGCAUGUUAUUUUAAUAAAAUUCAAUGUUUGCACAGCAGUUGCUCGAAUGUAGGAAAUGAGUGUUGACUUUCGAUGUUGUUUUUUGGUCGUUUUUGGAGUAUAAAAAUGAAAUUUGAUCCAAAAGUGUUUUUCAAUUGAAAAUUUUCAACAUUUCUCAUUUUUUUCGAGCGUCUGUUGCACUAUCAAAUUCGUUGUGCUUGAAAUGUGAAACAACGGCACAUUUUAACAAAUUUUUUAAAUAUUAUUCAUCUUUCUCAACUAUGGCUGCUCGAAAUGAGUGCAAAAAUGUAACGUGCUACACUAAUUUGUUCUUUUAGAAAAAAAUGUAAUGAUUUGAUUAGAUAUCGAAGCUAAUGUGAGUCACAAUCAAAUGGUGAAAAAAAAAUAAUGUGAGUUGUAGCCUUUUUCUCAUUUAAAAUGUGAAAAUGCUUUAAUUUUCUGCUAAUGCAACCAAUACGUCGCGAUAAUCGCCGGAGAGGUCAUCCUGAAAUGUAUUGAAAAAGUUUCCAAGAGAAGAAAAAAUUGAUCACAAAAUAAUCUCAAGCAUGGUUUGAAUUAAUUAAUGUUUUAAAUUAAAAUUUUGAAGAAAAAAAUUGUAUACAACAGCACAGCACGCAUGCAUGUCAAAGUUCAAAUGUAGGCCACCAAUUCAAUGAUUGAAUUUUCCAAACAAAAUGUAUAAGAGUGUGUACAAAGAAAAAUUUAUGAGUAUUAAACCGUGCAAAAAACUAAAAUUCUACAUGUAAAAAUAAUAAAAUCACUUAAGAGAUAAAUAAAA